CUUGACUCUGAAGCUCAUCGAGACCCAGUUCAUUUCCCUCGUUCGAUCGAGCCGGACGGGACUACUGGAGAACGGGCCGACCGAUGCUUGAAGUUCUCUUCCCCUCCAGAUACUCAUCAUUUUCUAUGAAAUAUCUGCCAUGAUAAGAAUCCUGAACAGAUUGGUCUCUCACCUGUCCUACAGUUAGCAGAAGUCAAUUCAUCAGCCAACGGCCGUUGCUUUGUGUUUGUUCUCCAAAUGGCCAACAUGACCAGCGAGCAAGACCACGCCGAAGACGUCGACCCGGGGUACUGGGAUGACGACGAAGCGGACCUGGAAUCCCAAACCACGUCCUUGUACUCUGCCAUCUGGGAACACGUCUAUGAAAAUGGCCGGACGUACCAUGGCUACAGAGCUGGGUCUUACUGGGGGCCCAACGACGACCAAGCCAACAGCAACCUCGACCUAUUCCACCACAUUUUCAACCUAACGCUCAAAGGACAACUAACACUCGCACCAAUCGGCGAGAGUCCGCAAAGGGUAUUAGAUCUAGGCACCGGAACAGGAAUCUGGGCGAUGGAUUUCGCAGACCGAUACCCGACCGCCACAGUAAUUGGAACGGACCUAUCACCAAUCCAGCCGCAAUGGGUGCCGCCGAACGUGCAAUUUGAGAUUGACGACUUUUGUCAGCCGUGGACGUUCAAGAAGAACUCGUUUGAUUUCAUCCAUGCCCGCUGUCUGUACGGCUGCAUCGCCGACUACGGGGCUUUUUACGAGGAAGUCCUAAAUCAUUUGCAACCCGGCGGCUGGUUCGAACAGGCCGAGAUCAGUGUCGUUUCUCGGUCCGACGACGGCACUACUGACGGUACUUAUCUCGAACAAUGGAGCCAGUUGGCCCUCGAGGGCGGUGACCGGAUCGGCAAGACUUUUCGCAUCGCCGACGAACUCGAGGACCGCAUGGUCGAUGCCGGCUUCGUCAAUGUCCGGUGUUUCCGCUUCAAGUGGCCUAUUGGGCCUUGGCCCAAAGACCCAAAGUUGAAGGAGAUUGGGGCGUAUAAUCGUCUCGCUUGUGAGCAGGGGAUCGACGGUUGGGCCUUACGGCCUUUGACUCAGAUUCUGGGGUGGUCCAUCGAAGAAGUUCACGUCCUGUGCGCCCAACUCCGACGGGAUUUUCGAGACCGGAAAAUCCACGCUUAUCAAUAUGUCUCCGUAUGCUACGGUCAGAAGCCGGCAACUUGAGGAUUGAGGUUGUUUACAGUUUCCCUGUUGCUCAAACAAAUGUCUGCCAACGACCUCCUGAGUCUUGUUAGUUCGGUCAAGUCCGAUCAGGACUUGUUGCAGUCCGUCACACAGCUUUCCGGGUCCGGGAAACGCCAGAACUAAAGUGACGGGGUCUACGGUCUACCCUGCACUACGACGCAAUGCAAAGCAAACCAAGUAUUUGAGCAGGUGCACCACAACAAGCAAGCUCCUUUAUCUGGAGAGGAUCAGCAUCGGCAUCGACAUCAACUCAGCCUCGAUUACCUUGCCUCUCUCUGUCUUUUACUCUGGCUGAUGAAAAGUGGAACGAACAUCGAAACCUCGAGAGUCGAAAAGGCCACUAGAGCGCCCGUUCUUCUCGUCAGUCAGCUCGACCAAUGGGUCCGGUUUAAGUACGAUAAAAUCAGAUCAAACCAGACCAGACACGACUCCCACUUGGAAAACCAAUCCACUUGUGGCACAAUCCAAUCUUCAGCCACUGCAUGUCAACAUCAAAGCCGACAAAGACGUGGUGGGCCAUCCAUCAGAGGCUGAGCAUGGAACCGAUCCUGGAACCAAAGUGAUUUUAACUCUGGGCGACCGUCAAAUCUGUCCGAGAAGUCAACGAUGCCAUCCAAAGACCCCAACAUAACAUCCCAACAUUGUAAUGAGGAAGAUAACGUCGAUAACCGGGCCCAGUCAACAUUCCUGGUAACACGACGUGUGAGACAAGCUGAGCUGAGCCUAGACAGCACGACACGAAACACAUUAGUAUGAGGCCAGACACAAACCGAGUCGACGACCGCCCUGAGAGGACCGGACACCAUAAUCAUGAUAAGGCACCAGACACGAAGCUUUGAACGAAACACACCACGACAGGCAGGACACGAGACCUGCAUCGCUUACUAUACAUAAGCGCGAGCGAGCGCGCGCCCUGGAACUGAAACUCAAAACUCCCACACUCCUCGAAAGCGCGGAUCUAGCAUCUGCAUCUGCCUGAACACUGCCAUGAACCUGAUUCCGAACUCGAACUUGGGCCAAAUAUGAUGGAUGGACAUGGACAUAUAUCCGACCACCACUGCCAUCAGCCCACUACCUGUAUUCAUCAAAUACAAGGACAAACACUUAAUGUCCAGCUGAGCUACUGCAAUCCAAGAACAAAAAACAAAUGCAGAAUGAACCCAAUUGGACGACCCUGGGCAACUCAGUUUGACACAGUUUGCCUCGAUGACAAACAACGACUUGCUGGGCGAGAGUACUGUAGAACAAAAGGUACCUUUGGUAUGCAGUGGCUGCAAACAUCACGGUUCAGAUCACACACACAGGCUGCAACAGCUUGAACCACCAUGACAUAACAUGACAUAAACACAUUCAUUAUUAGAUCGUUAUCGUCCAAAGGGACAAUAGUGAUGGUAAGAGCUGGCCAGAUACAAGAUUGGUCUUGUCUUUCUUUCCCAUUUCACACCCUUCGCGGGAAUCACAAAAUCUGCGCGAUAUUUAGUCUCCUUUCUUUCAACACCUAUCACGCCCCCUUUCUAAGAUGGAACUACCAUAUUUUGGUCGUGUCAUUGCACCAAAAUCCCCAAAAUGUCACACACAGAGAACCGCCCACUGCAUUUGGCGCCAUCUCCUCCAAUUUUCAAAAGCUCUCAAUCUCAGUCUCAAUCCAGCUAGCUGUCAUGUAAUGUAAUACAUUCCGGUCGAGUCUGAAAUCUCAACAAACUUCAAGAGCA